AUGUCCAAGAUCACGUGCGGACCCGUUGUCGAGAUUCAGGGAGAUGAAAUGACCAGAAUCAUUUGGGACCUGAUCAAGGAGAAGCUCAUAAUGCCCUACAUCGAUUUCGGAGAGAAUCUUCACUUUUACGAUCUUUCCAUCCAGAAAAGAGAUGAAACUGAUGACCAGAUCACUGUCGACUGUGCUGAAGCCAUCAAAAAAUACGGAGUGGGAAUCAAAUGCGCCACAAUUACUCCUGAUGAAACGAGAGUCGAGGAGUUCGGUCUCAAGAAAAUGUGGGGAUCUCCUAAUGGCACUAUCCGAAACAUCCUCGGCGGCACCGUCUUCCGUGAGCCUAUUCUCUGCUCGAACGUCCCCCGACUCGUUACUAACUGGAAUCACUCCAUCGUCGUCGGUCGCCACGCUCAUGCCGACCAGUACAAAGCCACCGAUCUCGUUAUUCCCAAGGCCGGAACUCUUACAAUGACCUUCCAGCCAGACGAUGGAUCUGCCCCUAUUCAACAGACCAUUUACAAGUACGAAGAUGGUGGAGUUGCCAUGGGCAUGUACAACACUGACAAAUCCAUUCGGGAUUUCGCGCGAAGUUGCAUGAUUUUCGCGUCUGGUCGGGGCUGGCCCCUGUAUCUUUCAACCAAGAACACGAUCCUCAAGACAUAUGAUGGCAGAUUCAAGGACAUUUUCGCCGAAGUCUACGACGCCGAGUUCAAGUCGACUUUCGAGGAAAAAGGAAUUUGGUACGAGCACCGACUUAUCGACGAUAUGGUCGCUUAUGCUCUCGAAUCCAGCGGUAAAUUCGUCUGGGCUUGCAAAAACUACGACGGUGAUGUGCAAUCCGACUCUGUCGCACAAGGUUAUGGCUCCUUGGGUUUGAUGACUUCCAUGCUCGUCUGUCCCGACGGAAAGACUGUCGAAUCCGAAGCUGCUCAUGGAACUGUUACUCGACAUUACAGAGCUCACCAGGCUGGAAAAGAAACCUCCACCAACCCAAUCGCUUCGAUUUUUGCCUGGACUCGAGGGCUCGAACACCGCGCAAAACUCGACAAGAACGAAGCCCUUGCCAAGUAUUGCGCUACUCUUGAAAAGGUCUGCGUCACGACCAUCGAGAGCGGCUUCAUGACCAAGGAUCUCGCCAUUUGCACCAAGAACGGCGACGCGUCCAAAGUCAACAGGGCCGACUAUCUCAACACUUUCGAAUUCUUGGACAAGCUUGCCGAGAAUCUCAAAGCUGCCAUGAUCUAA